AUGUUGAUCCUCAAUAAUACCAAUGCUCAGCCUCUGACCUUCUUCCUGACGGGUAUCCCAGGCCUGAGAGCAGCCCAGGUCUGGAUCUCCAUCCCUUUUUGUCUCCUGUAUGUCAUCGCCCUCACUGGGAACAGCAUGAUCCUGUUUGUGGUCCUUCGUGAGCAGAGUCUGCAUGAGCCUAUGUAUUAUUUCCUUUCUAUGCUUUCAGCCACAGACCUGAGCUUGUCCCUGUGCACACUUUCCACGACGCUUGGAGUCUUUUGGUUUGAAGCCCGAGAGAUAAACAUAAAUGCCUGCAUUGCACAGAUGUUCUUCCUCCAUGGAUUUACAUUUAUGGAGUCUGGUGUUCUGCUGGCCAUGGCCUUUGAUCGUUUUGUGGCCAUCUGUGACCCACUGAGAUACACAACUGUCCUCACCAAUGCCAGGAUUGCCGAGAUAGGGGUGAGCUUGUCGAUAAGGAAUGUUGCCGUCAUGUUACCAGUUGUGCUCUUUGUCAAGAAGCUGUCCUUCUGCAGUUCCUUGGUCCUUUCACAUUCGUACUGCUACCAUGUUGAUCUCAUUCAACUCUCAUGCUCAGACAACAGAAUCAACAGCAUCCUUGGUCUGUUUGCACUCUUUUCCACAACAGGGUUUGACUGCCCUUGUAUCUUGCUCUCCUAUGUCCUGAUCAUUCGAUCUGUCCUCAGCAUCGCUUCCUCAGAGGGGCGGCAGAAAGCCUUCAACACCUGCAUAUCCCACAUCAUUGCUGUAGCCAUCUUCUACAUUCCUCUUAUCAGCUUAUCUCUUGUUCAUCGCUAUGGCCAUUCGGCACCCCCAUUUGUCCACACUGUCAUGGCCAAUGUCUUCCUCCUCAUCCCUCCUGUGCUCAAUCCUGUCAUCUACAGUGUGAAGACUAAGCAGAUUCGAAAGGCUAUGGUCAAGAUUUUAACUCAGAAGCAGCGCCAGGUCUAA